UGCUUCUCCACCCCGAGCCGUCGGCUGCUCUUCCACCUAGAGGAACGAAGUCCCCCGGUCCCCCCGGUUUUCUCUCCCACCUUCCGUGAUCUCCGCCGUCCCACCUCCCACGAUUCAUUUGCAGGUCGAGGAAAGGGACGUCGCCCCACCGCACCUGCCGGAUCUGCUGAGCCAGCGGCCGGAUCCACCGAGCCAGUGGCCGUAUCCGCCGAGGCAGUGGCCGGAUCUCGAUCUUCUAGUCCUCCCCGCCUACUCCUCCGUCGGCGGCAGGCAGCAGAAAGGCGCGCGCGACUGCUCCGACCAGAGGAAGGCGCGAGGUGCGACGCGACGACGCGUGUUCGAGCCGGGCACGACACGGGCGGGCACCACCUCACCGGGGCGCGACCACGGCAGCCAACAUCGGCGCCCAAAUCGCAUCCACCGAACCCAAGCGCGGGCUCCGGUGGGCGUGCGGUUCUGCGUUCAACAGGAGAGCGUGCGCGAGAAAGAGCGCUGCUAGCGUCUUCCAGUGAACCCCAAAGAGACCGGAGGAGGGGAUGACCAAGGGCGAGGUUCCGUUGAUCGGCAUCGACCUUGGGACGACCUACUCCUACGUCAGUGUGUGGCAGCAGGUCGAGAUCAUGGCCAACGACCAGAGCAACCGCAUACCACACCACGCCCUCCUACAUCGCCUGAACCAGCUCGCAAUGAACCCCACCAACACUGUUUCCGAUCACAGUACAAAGUUAAGCUGCCAACGAGCUAGAAACCCAUUGGUGUAGUAUUUUAACAGCUGCUCAGGAGCUGCCUGUACCAGAGCAAGAAUGACAUCAUCGACUUCUACCUGCUUCAUCUCAAGGACAAACCUCAUACAACCCAUGGUGCUGCAUUUGACACGCACAUUUGUAAUUUGUUAGUGAUUAUUGUGUGUAAUGUCUGAUGUUUUGGACAUUUUUUUGUAAAUGAUGGCAAUGUGGCUUCAGCGAUGUACCUCUGAUGGUUAUUGUAAUUGAAUGAAACAAUUUAAUGGAAAUUUGUGGGCUCGGCAAAAUUAUGUGUUUUGCUGAUGGAGAAA